AUGGCACACCCACGAUCGUUAAUAGCGCCUUUAGGCCGGUUCGCAACCUCAUCAAUUGCCGCUGCGAGACCAGAAGUUCCGCGCAUUGCUGCAUUACCAUACCAGACGAUACGAUGCGCAACUACCAAAGCACAGCCGAAGAAAAAGAAGAAGACGCGGAACACAUUCCUGCAAUAUGAUUUGAAGCAGGCAGACCAAUUCUCGCUAAUAGAUGCGAUGCAAUAUAUCCGCGCCUUCGAAGUAGGCCGUAACCCCUCCUCCUCAAAAUACGAGAUGCACGUUCGCCUGCGCACGCUGAAAAACGGACCCGUGGUGCGAAACAGGUUACGACUCCCCCAUCCCGUCAAGACCGACAUACGGAUCUGUGUCAUUGCCGCACCAGACUCUAAGGCCGCCGCUGAAGCUCGCGCUGCGGGCGCCACGCUUGUCGGCGAAGACGAAAUCUUCAACCAAAUCAAAGAAGGCAUUGUCGAAUUCGACAGGUGCAUAUGCCAUAUCGACAGUCUUCAGAAGAUGAACAAGGCGGGGCUAGGACGAGUGCUGGGUCCCAAGGGCUUGAUGCCCAGCACAAAGACUGGCACAGUAGUCACGCAAGUAGGCACAAGUGUGAGGAACAUGGUGGGAGGAAGCGAAUAUAGGGAACGCCUAGGCGUUGUUCGCAUGGCAAUAGGACAACUGGGAUUUACGCCAGAUGAGAUGCAGAGGAAUAUCAAAGCAUUCAUGGAUGCGCUUAAGAAGGACAUGGCACAAUUGAGCGACCGGAUUGGCAAGGAAAUUCACGAGGUGGUGCUCAGCUCGACGAAUGCGCCGGGUUUUACGUUGAGCGGGGAAUUUAGAGGGCCAAAUUCGAUAGCACCAAAGGAGCUGAGCGGACCUUUGUAG